AUUUUUGUAUAUUUUUAAAAGAAAUGUCCAACGAGAACACUUUGGAUUUGCACUACGUACACCAAAGCUUCCAACGAAGCCUAAAAGAAGACGACGAUGUUGUCGUGGAAGCGUAUAUUGAUGGAUACAAUGAACUAGUCAAGUUCUUAAAUCUCAUCGGUUCGGUGUUCUCGUUCGUGAGCAGCGACGUAAAAAGCAAAAUUAAGGUGAUGGAUAAACAUAAGGAUGGUGAAGACGCUGUGUACUAUGAUUCUUUUAAGAAAAUGAUGAAGUACGAGAAGGAAACAAACUUACACGAGAAAAGCGGGUUCGUCUCUGGCUCUAGGACGAUGCUGAGGCUCCACAGAGGUCUAGACUUUAUAAGACUGUUCCUCAAAAAGCUAGGCGAGUCGGACGACGCAGUCAACACAUGUACAGAAUGCCAGCACGCGUACAACUCAACGUUAGCCGAGUUCCAUCCGUGGUACAUCCGGAAAGCUGCCACGCUAGCGAUGCAUGCGUUGCCCAACCGGCCCGACUUACUUAAGAAGAUCUUCGGCUCCGAAGACAGCCUCACAGCGGCGCUAGCCAUCCUACCACAGACCCUCGCGUCUUGCGACGAAGUCUACAACCGUGUGGAACAGCUCUACACAGACUUUGACUUCCACGGCCUACCUUAAUGUUGCCAGGUGAAAAUAUUCGAGACAUUGCCAGAUGAAAAAGUGAUAAUUAGGUUACGUUCAGAAUUAUGUUUUUAUAAGUAUUCAUAACUAACAUUUACAGUUAAAGGUUUGUAUUUCAAAAUUCAGAUAGUCAAAUUUGCAUGCAUAUACAUAUAAAAGGAAAGUGCUAAAAAGUCUAUUAUAACUCUGCACUCAUUUUGAAGUGAUUUGAUUUAUUUAUGUCAGACGUUUGUUUAUGAUUUAUUUGAUUUAUUUUUGUAGACACACAUAAGUUUACAGCUUACGCCCAUACACUUACAUGCAAUUUAAAUUGCUAAAUUUUGGAGUAUGAUACAAAUAAAAUUAGAUUAAACAUUAAAAUGGUGAUAAAGCGUGAAAGUCAAAAAUGAAAAUGUGACUUUUAUAAUAGAACUUCCACACUCUAUCACUGCAAAACGGUGUGCAGAGUCAGCUUGGUCCGGCAUUCAAAUAAAUGAUCCGGAUAUGAUAUAUUAACCCUUUGAACUCCAGACGGCGCGCGAAUAUGCCGUGCCCCGGACGCCAGGCGAUCACGAUUAUUUAAGCGAAAUUGAACUUUACGGAGUCUCGCGUAAAUCCCUAUUGAAUUGGCGAAGCUGACGGCUGUAGCCGUCGUUGGCGCCCUUGGCAAGACUUUCCGAUGACGUCCACAGCCGUCUGU